AUGGAUCGCUAUGAAAAGUUAACUCGAAUUGGUGAAGGUGCCUAUGGUGUGGUUUUCAAGUGCCGUCACCGUGAUACUGGCGACAUCGUGGCAAUCAAAAAAUUCACGGACUCCGAGGAAGAUCCGGUGAUUCACAGGAUUGCAAUGAGGGAAAUAAGAACGUUGAAGCAACUGAAACAUCCAAAUCUGAUAAAUUUGAUUGAAGUUUUCAAACGAAAAAGACGCCUUCAUUUAGUGUUCCAAUAUGUGGACCACACUUUGCUACAUGAACUGGAACAGAAUCCGAAAGGGAUGGAUCGUAUGCAGAUUCGCAAACUCACAUGGCAAUUACUUCAAGCCGUCAAUUUUUGCCACGCCCAUAACUGCAUUCACAGAGAUGUGAAACCAGAAAAUAUUCUGAUUACAAAAGCUGGUCAGUUGAAGCUGUGUGAUUUCGGAUUUGCCAGGCUUUUGACUGGUCCAGGAGAUGAAUACACUGAUUAUGUGGCUACGAGAUGGUAUCGAGCACCGGAACUCUUAGUCGGUGACACGCAGUACGGACCACCAGUUGAUGUAUGGGCCAUCGGCUGUGUAGUGGCUGAAAUGCUCACGGGCGCACCGUUAUGGCCAGGUCGAUCAGAUCUGGAUCAGUUGCACUUGAUAACGAGGACACUGGGUGAUCUUGUUCCAAGGCAUCGCGAAAUUUUCGAAAAGAAUCUCUUCUUUAAGGGAUACAAACUGCAAGUUACGGAAAACAAGAAUAAACUUGAGGAAAAAUUCAAGACGCUGCAACCGGCAAUUACUGCAAAGGAAAUAAGUUUUUUACAGGGUUGCUUGGAAAUGGACCCUACAGAACGAUUAAACAGUGAAGCUCUGCUCAAGCACGCCUACAUGGAUUUACAUGGUAAACAAGCCCAAUACACUAGUGUUGAACUCCGUUCAGUUCCCGGAGCUGGAGGUGACGGGCAUUGGACCACUGCAGGCACGACGACAACCAAAAUAAAGGAACGUGGACCAAGUUUUGCACCGACAACUAAACCAUUGGGUGCAAUGGGACUGAGCUUUGGGGCACAGCGCCGAAAACCUGCAAUCGGCUUUAUCUCGAAUUCAACGACAAUAACGACACCGGCAACAAGCAACGCUGUCGCCGUCGCUGGUCAGACACAGUCAUUGCAACCACAAGCCCAAAGUCAGGUGGAGACACCGUUCCGAGUACAGGGUUCUACUACACCUCAGAAUGAGUGUGGUUCCCCUCAGAACACACAGGUUCCUACUCCACUGGGUUUCGCAAACAAUAUGAACCGGAACAGUUGGUUUGGAUCUGGCGUAGUCGGUCAAGGCUUUCAUCAUCAUCCCCUCCAGACUGGGCUCCCUGCACUGACCACCACAUCGUUAUCCCAUGCGGGGUACAACACUUCCGGGCUGGUGCCUAUUCAAUCUCCCACUGUUGUUUCUCCAUCUCCCACAACGCAAUCGCAUUCACAGUCACCACUGGCAAAUCCAAAACACGGCAGCUGGAAACACCAAAAAAUAACCCAGGGCACCACGCUGACGGGGACCACACUCAUACUGAAUCCGCCCACAGUGAACGCAAGUGGUGAGGGUCCAAGUCCGAGUCAACCGGCCACGUCUAGCACGACACCCACAGUGCAACUGACUCCUUCUUUUACCGGGUUUCAUUUUCCAAAUAUUUGA